AUGUGCAAGCAGCAGAAUGCUGCGUUUUGUGCUUUUCUUGCAGUGGAAUACUGCGUUAGGUUAUCUUCAGGCAGCGGAUUGCUGCGUUAUGUGUUCUUCUUGCAGUGGAAUGCUGCUUUAUGUGCUGUUCUUGCAGUGGAAUGCUGCGUUAUGUUAUCUGCAAGCAGCGGAUUACUGCGUUAUGUGCUGUUUUUGCAGUGGAAUGCUGUGUUUGUUUAUCUGCAAGCAACGGUAUUUCAGAACAGGUUCAAUGGUACUGUUGAUUUUGAUAGAUAUAUCGUGGAGUACCAAGAUACGUUCGGACAUUUGUAUGGCGAAUUUUGGCUAGGCUUAAAGUACAUCAAGGAAAUUGCUGCUCAAGGUGCAACUGAGAUAAGAUUGGACCUUUCUGAUGGUUUUGGCAGACACGGUUACGAGGCAUUUCAAGACUUUCGUCUGUCUGGAGACAACGAGUACACUCUCCAUAUUCUGGAAGAGUCACGCAGCUUUUCCGGAGGAAUUGAGCAAUUCCAGAACGCUUCUAAUGGCUUAGCUGGCAACAAUGGAAAUGUCUUUGCUGCAAUGAGCGGUUUCCUUCCCACUGAUUAUUAUAGACGCUGUCCUGUCGACGAAAAGAGCGGCUGGUGGUAUGACUACUACUGCGGUGGAGUAGACUUGAACGGCCCUUACCUCACCCCAGGGACGCUGUGGAAUGAAUCUACCGGUGAUAAAACGCCAGGGUUUAAGCAUUUUGGAUUUGCAGGCAACUAUUCUUUGAAAGCAUCCAGAAUGAUGAUACGGAGAAAAUAAACUCAAACACAGCCCGCCUCAAGUCUCAGCUUUGAAGAAAAAAUCACAAACAUACAA